AGGAAGUCGAGGCGCAGUUGAGCAGCGGUUUCCAGGAGUCUCUGCUCCUAUCUCCUGGUCUCUCCACUGAAGUUUCCGUUGCUUCUGUCAGACACUUCUUGACAAAAAGGAAAGUCCGAGGUCGCGAUGGAUCUUGAAGGUGACAGCGAUGGAAAGGCAGGGAAGAAUUGGAAGCUGGACAAAAAGAGUAAAAAGGAGAAGAAGGAAAAGAAACCAAGUGUCAGUACAUUUACAAUGUUUCGCUAUGCAGGUUGGCUUGAUAGGCUGUACAUGAUAUUGGGAACUCUGGCUGCCGUUAUCCAUGGAGCUGGACUUCCACUCACAAUGCUGGUAUUUGGAGACAUGACAGACAGUUUUGCAAGUGCAGGAGCCAAUAUUCCAGCUAAUUUUACCCUUGAAGGUGAAAUCAACAAAACAAUGAUCCUUGAAAAACUGGAGAGAGACAUGACCACGUAUGCCUACUAUUACACUGGAAUUGGUGCUGGUGUGCUUAUUGCUGCUUACAUUCAGGUUUCAUUCUGGUGCCUGGCAGCCGGAAGACAAAUACACAAAAUAAGGCAGCAGUUUUUCCAUGCUAUCAUGAAGCAGGAGAUAGGCUGGUUUGAUGUGCAUGAUGUUGGGGAGCUUAACACCCGGCUCACUGAUGAUGUCUCCAAAAUUAAUGAAGGAAUUGGUGAUAAAAUUGGAAUGCUCUUCCAGUCAAUGGCAACUUUUUUUGCUGGUUUUAUAAUAGGAUUUACACGUGGUUGGAAGCUAACACUUGUAAUUUUAGCCAUCAGCCCCGUUCUUGGACUAUCAGCUGCUAUUUGGGCAAAGAUAUUAUCUUCAUUUACUGAUAAAGAACUCUUGGCAUAUGCAAAAGCUGGAGCAGUAGCAGAGGAAGUCUUAGCAGCCAUCAGAACUGUGGUCGCAUUUGGAGGACAAAACAAAGAACUUGAGAGGUAUAAUAAAAAUUUAGAAGAAGCCAAAAGACUUGGGAUAAAGAAAGCUAUCACAGCCAACAUUUCCAUAGGUGCUGCUUUUCUCCUCAUUUAUGCAUCAUACGCUCUGGCAUUUUGGUACGGGACAUCCUUGGUCAUCUCAAAUGAAUAUUCUAUUGGACAAGUGCUCACUGUCUUCUUUUCUGUAUUAAUUGGGGCCUUUAGUAUUGGACAAGCAUCUCCAAAUAUUGAGGCAUUUGCAAAUGCAAGAGGAGCAGCUUAUGAAAUCUUCAGGAUAAUUGAUAAUGAGCCAAGCAUUGACAGCUUCUCAAAGAAGGGGCAUAAACCAGACAAUAUUAAGGGAAAUUUGGAAUUCAAAAAUGUUCACUUCAGCUACCCAUCCCGAAAAGAAGUUCAGAUCCUGAAGGGACUCAACCUGAAGGUGCAGAGUGGGCAGACAGUAGCCCUGGUUGGGAACAGUGGCUGUGGGAAAAGCACAACUGUCCAGCUGCUGCAGAGGCUCUAUGACCCCAUAGAGGGUGUGGUCAGUAUCGAUGGUCAGGACAUUCGGACCAUAAAUGUAAGGUAUCUGAGGGAAAUUAUCGGUGUGGUGAGUCAGGAACCUGUGCUGUUUGGCACCACGAUAGCUGAAAACAUUCGCUAUGGUCGUGAAAAUGUCACCAUGGAUGAGAUUGAGAAAGCUGUCAAGGAAGCCAAUGCCUAUGACUUCAUUAUGAAACUACCUCAUAAAUUUGACACCCUGGUGGGAGAGAGAGGGGCCCAGCUGAGUGGUGGACAGAAACAGAGAAUUGCUAUUGCCCGUGCCCUGGUUCGCAACCCCAAGAUCCUCCUGCUGGAUGAGGCCACAUCAGCCCUGGACACAGAGAGUGAAGCAGUAGUUCAGGCAGCCCUGGAUAAGGCCAGAGAAGGCCGGACCACCAUUGUGAUAGCUCAUCGCUUAUCUACCGUGCGCAAUGCUGAUGUCAUCGCUGGGCUUGAUGAUGGAGUCAUUGUGGAGAAGGGAAAUCAUGAUGAACUCAUGAAAGAGAAAGGCAUUUACUUCAAACUAGUCACAAUGCAGACAAGAGGAAAUGAAAUUGAAUUAGAAAAUGAAGUUUUUGAAUCCAAAAGUGAAACUGAUGCCUUAGACAUGUCUUCAAAUGAUGCAGGAUCCAGUCUAAUAAGAAGAAGGUCAACUCGCAAGAGCACCCAUGGACCACAUGGCCAAGACAGAAAGCUUAGUACAAAAGAGAUCCAGGAUGAAAAUGUUCCUUCAGUUUCAUUUUGGAGAAUUCUAAAGCUGAACUCAACUGAAUGGCCUUAUUUUGUGGUUGGUGUAUUUUGUGCCAUUAUAAAUGGUGGCUUGCAACCAGCAUUUGCAGUAAUAUUCUCAAAGAUUGUGGGGGUUUUUACAAGAAAUGAUGAUCCUGAAACUAAACGACAGAAUAGUAACCUGUUUUCCCUAUUGUUUCUUAUCCUUGGAAUUAUUUCUUUUAUUACAUUUUUCCUCCAGGGCUACACAUUUGGCAAAGCUGGAGAGAUCCUCACAAAGCGGCUCCGAUACAUGGUCUUCAAAUCCAUGCUGAGGCAGGAUGUCAGCUGGUUUGAUAACCCUAAAAACACCACUGGAGCAUUGACCACCAGGCUUGCUAAUGAUGCUGCUCAAGUUAAAGGGGCGGUAGGCUCCAGGCUUGCUAUCAUUACCCAAAAUAUAGCAAAUCUUGGGACAGGAAUUAUCAUAUCUUUAAUUUAUGGAUGGCAGUUAACACUUUUGCUCUUAGCAAUUGUACCCAUCAUUGCAAUAGCAGGAGUCAUUGAAAUGAAAAUGCUGUCUGGACAAGCACUAAAAGACAAGAAAGAAUUAGAAGGUUCUGGGAAGAUCGCCAUUGAAGCAAUAGAAAACUUCCGCACUGUUGUUUCAUUGACUCAGGAGCAGAAGUUUGAAAAUAUGUAUGCACAGAGUUUGCAGGUACCUUACAGAAAUGCUUUGAGGAAAGCACACAUCUUUGGGAUCACAUUUUCCUUCACUCAGGCAAUGAUGUAUUUUUCCUAUGCUGCUUGCUUCCGGUUUGGGGCCUUCCUGGUGGCACGUGAGACCAUGGUAUUUGAAGAUGUUCUAUUGGUAUUCUCAGCUAUUGUUUUUGGUGCUAUGGCAGUUGGGCAGGUCAGUUCAUUUGCUCCAGACUAUGCCAAAGCCAAAAUUUCAGCAUCACAUGUCAUCAUGAUCCUUGAAAAAGUCCCAGAGAUUGACAGCUAUAGCACAGAAGGACUAAAACCUAAUACAUUGGAAGGAAAUGUAACUUUUAAUGAUGUCAUGUUCAACUAUCCCACCCGACCAGACAUCCCAGUGCUUCAGGGGCUGAGUCUCGAGGUGAAGAAGGGUCAGACACUGGCCCUGGUGGGCAGCAGUGGCUGUGGAAAGAGCACAGUGGUCCAGCUCCUUGAGAGGUUCUAUGACCCCCUGGGUGGAAGAGUGUUUCUGGAUGGCAAAGAAGUAAAACAACUGAAUGUGCAGUGGCUCCGAGCACACCUGGGCAUUGUGUCCCAGGAGCCCAUCCUGUUUGACUGCAGCAUCAGCGAAAACAUCGCCUAUGGAGACAACAGCAGGGUCGUGUCCCAGGAUGAGAUCGUGAGAGCAGCCAAGGAGGCCAACAUUCACCAGUUCAUUGAUUCUUUGCCUGACAAAUAUAACACCAGAGUUGGAGACAAAGGGACUCAGCUGUCUGGUGGUCAGAAACAACGCAUCGCCAUAGCUCGUGCCCUUGUUAGACAGCCUCACAUUUUGCUUUUGGAUGAAGCAACAUCAGCUCUGGAUACAGAAAGUGAAAAGGUUGUUCAGGAAGCCCUGGACAAAGCCAGAGAAGGCCGCACCUGCAUUGUGAUUGCUCACCGUCUGUCCACCAUCCAAAAUGCAGACCUAAUCGUGGUGAUUCAGAAUGGCAAGGUCAAGGAGCAUGGCACCCACCAACAGUUGCUGGCACAGAAAGGCAUCUACUUCUCAAUGGUCAGCGUCCAGGCUGGAGCAAAGCGCUAAGGAACUAUAACCAUAUAAGAUGUUAAAUAUUGUUUAAAUAUUUGUAUGAAAGUAUGGCAUUUAUUCAAAGCUUAAAAGAAAGUACUUAGUAGGUUUGGUAGUUUUCUGUUUAACAUAACCUAUCAUGAUGAAAAUCAUUUAGUCAAACUCAGAGUCUGCAGAGACUCCCUAACUGAAGGAACAGAAAUGGGGACAUUAUCAAACAUCAAAAACCAUUAUCAUUGGUUUUAACU